AGUCGUCGGCGGUUGCGGUAAGAAGGGGCAGGGGGGAGGGGCGAAGCGGACGAGAGGACACACGCGCGAGCGCGUAGUCGCGGUGUAGUCGCGGACCCGAGCGGUCUUGGUGUUUUGUCCUCGUUUCCACCGCCGACGUCGUCGCCGGGGAUUUCUCAGUCCCGUUCCAAGUGCCGUCGUCACCGCCACGCAGUGCUGAACCCGGUCGAUACCGAGGCAGGAUGGACGAUACCGCGGACCCGCCACGAGCGUCGGACGUGGGGACGAUGGGCAGCGAGACCGACGAGACUUCCUCCGCGUCGGACGUGCGGACGGUCGACGACGGGUCGAGCAGUGCCCCCGCCACCGCUGGCACCGUUCCCCCUACCGCCCUCGAUGAUGCCGCCGCGGCUGAUCCCAGGGUCGCUCCGGUAAGAGUCGCGUCUCCAGGAUCGUACGACCGUGUUCCCGCCGCUUCCUGUCCGCCGACGUUGCCACCGCUGUCGUCGGCGGUGACGCCGCAGCAGCAGCAGCAGCCGUUGCUGACGCCGCAGCCGGGGUGUGGCUGCGUCGCGACAGCGGCCAGCACGGCAGCCGACAAGGACGAGAUCACCGUGUGCAUCACGCCGACUACUGGUGGCCAGUUCGAAAUCACGGCGGACCGCAACGACACCGUCGAGAGCCUCAAGAAGAGCAUCUCGAAGAAGCUGAAGGUCGCCAAGGAGCGCAUCUGCUUGCUGCACCGCGAGAGGCAGUUACGCGAAGGAACGCUCGCGGAGAAUGGCCUGCAGAACGACAGCCGACUCACGCUCCUACCAAGCGUGGAAACCGGACUGCUGGCGCAACGGCCAGAGCAGAGCGUGAUGCAGGCCUUGGAGAGUCUCAAUGACUCACAGGUGAACGACUUCCUGUCCGGCAAGGCGCCACUAAACUUGACGAUGCGGCUUGGCGAUCACAUGAUGCUGAUCCAACUACAAUUGUCUACCGUAACCCCGGCUUCGCCGGCGGGCAGCCAGGCGAGUAAUUCCGCUAGCAGCAACGGCCACAGCAACGCCCUCGGUCUGCCCGUUGGAAGCAGCGCUGCGAGCGUAUCCAACUUGCCAGGCAGCCACGUUUCAUCCUCGCUGCAGACCAGAAGGUGCCUGACGGCCAGAUCACCGGGCAGCAUCGUGAAACCGCAGAACGCCGGCACGGCGGCUAGCAGGACGUCGCAUCUAAUCAACAGCCUGGCCAACGCCCUGCACGCCGCCGCCAGUUACAGCAGCAGCCUGCCCACUGCGAGUAUCACCACCACCACCACCACCAGCAGCAGCCCGGUCUGCUCCAGCCGCGUUAGCAUGUCGACUCCGUCGCCGGCCUCGACAACGCCGAUCGGCCCGACGCACUCCUCAUCGCCCUCGCCGUCGUUGUUUUCGUCGCCCAGUAACUCGAGUCAAUCGACACAGCAAUCCCCAUCCCGCAGCAGUCCGCACGGUGCCCCGUCUGCCAACAACAGCAGUGCAUGCCAGUCUUGCCCGCUCUAUCACCAUCACCAUCACCACCACAACCACCACCAUGGCCACCAUCACGGUCACCAUCAUCACCAUCACCAUCACCAUCAUCAUCACCAUUCGAGAAAUAAGUCCUGUUUACCUAACCCGACGGCCUCCUCGACUGCAGCGGCGGGUUCCUCCGUCCCGAUUCAGCAGGACCACAGCUCGUCGGAGUCUUACGACGUGACGCUGCCCAGGAAAAAGAUCUGCGCCGGCCACCACCAUCACAGUCAGCAGUCGUCAUCCCUAGCGGCUGACACUACGAGAAAUCAACGCGAUGAACCGACCCCGCAGAGCCCGGUCUGCUCCACGUCGCUGAUGAUGGAACAGUCACCGCCCAAGCCGGCCACCCUCGACACCCGAGCGCUCGCCGAAGCAUCCCGGAACCUUACGCAGAAGCUGAAGCAGCUCUCCUCUGAGGUACUCACCUCGCGGGUCGACCUCGCAGAGGAGAACGCGAGACGCAGACAAGGCGCGAUAAUAGAGAGCAUGCAUCACCACGGGAAGGGUGUGUAUUCUGGCACAUUCAGCGGCACUCUGAAUCCGGCGCUGCAAGACAGGCACGGCCGACCGAAGCGUGACAUCAGCACCAUCAUUCACAUUCUGAAUGACUUGCUGUGCGCCACGCCAGCUGCAUCCGCAGGUCACUAUAGGCAUCAUCAUCAUAGGCAUUCACACGCUCGCCAACAAUCCUCUUCGAUGUCCACAAUCUCUGCAGGUACCACAACCACGGCAAGUGGCUCCACUACAUCGAUCGGCUGCCACGAUUCCGCACCGGGAUACUCCAACGAGGAAUUGUCGAAGGAGAACGAGGCAACGAAGGGUAAGAUGCGUCGACUGCGCCUAGUCAUGGAGCAACGUCGCGCCAAGAGGAAAGCCAGACGACAGGCACGGGCGGCGCCGUACACGACGCAGUGGGCAGCGGUGACUCCCGCUGAUCCAAACCACGAACCGAACACGUCGACGACGACAUCGGGCACCCCGACUACCACUAAUAGCGCCGAGCCGCAGAGCGAGCCAGAGCUUCAGCCGUGCAGCCCGGAACCGGUCGUAGCUUAAAAACUACGUCACUAUCAGUCAAUUCUCGGCACAUGUAGUAUCCCACUAUAUCGUACACUAUAUCGUAUAUAGGAUAUAUUGUCUCUUUUGUCGCGUUUUCUUUCUCUUUUUUUCUUCUUUCUAUCUAUCUAUCGCACUGAUUUAUUCCGAAAAUGCUGGAAAUGCUCAUGUGUCCUAUCGCGUGAUGAUUACGUUUCUUGUUGUUUCGUACAACUCGUAUUUCUGAUCGGUACGCAACCAAACGCUACAGCAUCUCGAGCUCGUGUUGUCUCUCAAAAUGCAAGUACAGUGAUAGCCCAUAUUCUCGUACUGGUUAAUGUACCGCGCGCGGUCCAUAUCAUUACCGUGGAUUUACCAAGUUUCUCUCUGUGCAACGUAAAUGUCUCGCUUUCUCCGACAUUUACGUUACGCAAAUAGACGUAAUUCGUGGGAGCCGGCUGACAAAACGGUUCGCGAGACGCGGGGGGGUCGCUAUUAUUUUGCAGACUUUUAACGAAACGAUGAUCUCGCAGCGUUUGGCCAAACUCAGAUAUGAUCGUAGUUGACAAUAAUUAUACUCGGCAAAUGAAUCAGUGUGACAAUUUUACGCAUCUUACGAGUCUCCGCGCAUCGACGUUACGCGAGAGGAGGUAACGAUUUGACUCGUUUUGAGAGAGGGAGCAAAGCCUCCUGUUAAGGAAUCCUAUUAAAAGAAAACUUCCUGUUAGAAUUAAAACUCGCCGAUAAAGCCGCGUUUAAAAGGAAGCCUUGGGGAAAGGAAGGCAGGAUCGUGAUCGUUCUGUGUGCGAUUCCUAUAUGUACGAUAAUUGUUCUCUCGCUCUCCCUGUCGGGCACCCUAACCGAAGUUCUUAUAUAGCCCGCGAGUAGAGUCUUAAAUCACGCGCAUUGUACGGAUUGCAAAGCAAGACUGCCUCGAAAAGCAAUGACGAAGCUCUCGCGUCGAGUUUCUCCGACGAGGGAUCGUUAUCAGGUAGAGAUAAAAGAAACCACCCAUAACUCGCGCAAAUUUGCAUCUCGGGUUCCUCACGGACGCUGAUCGAUUCAAAUCGCGAUAUUUUCUGUUGGGCUGACCGGAAAGUCCGUACGGAUUUUUCCUAGCAAAAUAACCACAAACUUUAUUCUUAAUAUUAAGUAGUAUUGUAAUUGUAAAGUUUAUUUAUUACUUUAUUAUUAUAAUUUGAAUAUAGUAAUAAAGUAAUUCUUAGUAUCGAGAAUUAAUGCGAAGCUUUGCGUUUGAAUUUUGCUAGAAAAACAAUUUGCACGGCCUUUCUCGGCCGGUCAGCCCAACGAUAAAUAGCAAGUGCACUUUUCAACGUUUACUUUGCAAGACGUACCGCAAUAGUCGCGAUAUCUCGAUCUCGGAAAGCGAGGAAGGCAGGCGAGACGGCAGAAGAAAGUGAAAACGAAAGAUAUGAAAAUAAAAGAUUAUUUUUUGUGUUGUAUUCCGUAGGAAGAAUGAUCAGGACGAUGGAAGAAUUUGCAGAUUUUGUGUACGUGUAAUGUGCGCGCGCGCGCGCGCGCGUGUGUAUGUAAUGUGUGUGUGUAAGGUGAAGCGGAUCUGACACAAAAUAGUCAUAUCAGUUUUUGCGGAGUAUGCACGUUUUACGAUAUGAUGUACCUCCUGAACGGCGGUGAAUCAUGCCUGGAAGCUUGGCUCUUCUCUGUUUGGGAUCGCAGUAUAUAUAUAUAUAUAUAUAUAUUCUUAGAAGAGAGAAGGGAUUAAAAAAAUAAAGCAGGGAAGAUAAACUCGAGGGAGGCACACUGGACAAGAUUCUGCAGCUGUACAGUUACGCGAUUUGUAUCGCAUGGCAUGCUACGGCGCCACGAAUUCGUUGAGUUAACUAGAAGAACAAGAAAUAAUAGUGUCACACACAAUGCUACUAAUAGAAUACAGUAUAUUGCGUUCUAGAGUUACUUAGGAGAAUAAAAUAUUAUUACCAUUAUUACAUUAUUAUAUAUCGUUAGUACCGCUAUUACGAUUUUUGCAAAACUGGCUCAAUAUUGUAAUAUACGAUUAUCGGAACCUUUAUCGAGUACCAAAAUAAAUAAGAUUGCUUGCUAAGCUAA